AGAUUUGGCAUUUGGUUUCAGUAUCGUGUUGCAUUGUGUUGUUUCUCCGGUUUGUGAUUGAUAUUUCAAUAGAAAUAUAACAUAAUGAAAAACGAUCAAUAGUAAUUGGUUUGUCAUAUUUCUAAAGUUUAUAAAAUCAUUACAUUAAUGAAGUUUGCAGUGUAUUUUUGUGAUAACGACACAGCUGAUAAUUUGUUUGUGACUGGUUAUGAAUAAUAAUUUUUGGAAGUGAAAUAUCUUGUACAAAUGAAAAGCACAUAUACAUAUUAAAUCACUGGAAUUUUACAUUUGCUCUCUCUCAAGGGACCUGCGAAUGUUGUGAACACGGUGCUUCAUCAACAAACGUAGCUAGCUGAAUACUCCAGUCAGUCGUCAAUACAUGCCGGCAAGCCAGUAAUUCGUGACGUGUGCCAGUGUUUAGUGUUCGUGUUACUAUGUUGUGAAAGAUGUCGAAAGUGCUGUCGGCGCUCGGCGGGGCGCUCCCGGACGAGCGGCCCCUGCUCUCGCUGCAGAUAGUCGAGACCGUGGCCAAGUGCCCCACCGGCUACUGGCCGGUGAGCCGCACGUACGAUGAGGACGCCGACGCCGGUCUCCUGCGGCAGACUGGAUUGUUUGGGAAGAAGCCGAGCCAUUAUAUAUGCUUGUCGAAGUCGGAGGGCGUACCCGGCUACGUAAUGGACGGCGUGGUGGUGCUGGGCGAGCGCGAAGCGACCCCGGCCGGGUACAGCGUGGCGGGGCGCGCGGGCAAGCGGCGGCUGUGCACGCGCGUGUCGCGGGCGGGCAGCGCGCCCGCGUCGCCCGCGCCGCACGCCGCGCCGCCCGUCACUGACGUCAUCGUGUGCUCGCGCAUGCGCACCGCGCCGCAGGGCUUCCUGCUCGCUGGGGAAAUAAACGGCAAAGUGGUCUGCUACAAAGUGAGCGGCGGCAGCGGCGAGACGUCGCCCACGCACCACACGGAGUACGAGAACGUCAUAUCCAAUAUCACACCUGAAGCUAACAGGAGCGCCGUCUCGACUAAAUUCAAACAUUUCAAAUUGCUAUGGCACGGAUGCUCUGGAUUGAGGCCGGUUCCCGAAAGGCCACCGAAGCUGUCCCCGCUCGUGAGCGAGCUGAACAAUUUGAACCUCAAGUCGCCCACCGCUUACCCCAAGAUCGAGGAGUUCACGACCGACCAUGAUUACGAAGCCCUGAGCCCCUCGUAUAAUAUCAAGCCGGCGAGGCCUGCGCCCCGUCCGCCGAAGUCCCCAGUCCCUUGCCUCGUGGGGAGCCCCGCCCUCAAUUCACCCCAUUCCCCGCACUCCCCCCACGGGAGGAAGAAAGGCCCCGCCCCGUUGCCGCGCGUGGCCAACUACCAGACCCUCGGGGGUUAUAACGGCCUCGAGGGAGUGCCCUUUGUGCUGAACUCCAAGUUGAGAGGCCUGCCCAGUGAUGCUUUGGGUCAAAUACCGAUAAUCAAGAAAAGGUCGCGCUUCGACCUCGACAGAGAUUACGCAUACACCUUCACAGUUGAGCGGCAGACGUGAGACGUAUUAUGUCCUAUUCCUAUUGGUAUUUCUUACGGACUUAUGGAUUUUUCGGAAAAUAACUACCCAAUUAUUUACAUACCUAUGUAUUUGUCAAUAUACGAAAUACAGAAAAAAAUAUAUGUUACAAAAGAAAUUUCCAGAAAUGAAUGCACAUUUUUCUCGUACAACAGUUUUGAUAAUCUGUUACGCUUUGUCGUAUCUGUUUUUUUUUUCUUCAUAAAUGGAUUUUAUAUAUAGAAUAGAACGUUUUUAUUGUUUUAAAUGUUGUAGUUUUCUGCAUUCCUGGUAAAAAAAAUUAUGAUCAAAUUAAUUUAGUACAUACUGGUAUUUGGUUAAAGUUGAAAUUUGAAUGUCUUAAUUUUAAUCUUUUAACCUUUUUUGAUAGUCACUGAUACAAUAUAUGUUUGUCACAAUGUAAUACUCAAUUAUAUAAAUUAUAAAAAAAGCUUUUUAUUUUUUUAUUUUAAAUAGUUUUGGUUAAAUAUGAAAGCGGAAUUGUUAAUAAUUUCUUAAUUAAGUAACUGAGCUGUAAAAUUUCAAAUUAUUUUCGAUGACAUAUUAAUUUUGUGUAUUGUUUGUCUUGCCAUGCGUCAUAAAUGAAUAAACUAUAUAAUCUGGGCUUGCCAUAUGCAAAAAAUAUAAAAGAAAAACAAUGGGUGACAAUGUUGUAAAUAAAAUUGGGCAACUAUAAUGAAAUAUAUUAUUGAAUAAGGUUUUUUUAAACAUAUCGUGGUAGAGGUACUGCAGGGUCCAGGGAAAUGUGAUUGAAGUCGGAGUGAGCGACAAGACUGACGGCUGCUAAUGAAAAAUGAUUUAAUUUCCGUAGCUUGGCUUAUGAGUGCCAACACGGUGUUGCCAUCAUGUAAAAGUAAAUGUUUUUUUUUUAAUCUGUGCUUGGGGUAUCGUGGUUUUGAUACCAAGGUGCUUAUUCUGAUUAUGCGAUAAAUGUUAUGAAAAACGGACCGGUGUUACUUAACUAUGUGAAGAUUAAAUUUGAAAUAUCUAAAGUGGAAGUCAUAAUUUAAUUACCAGUUUUGGACUUCAAGAUUUGAAAUCGCGUUCUCGCUUUUUCUACGUUGUAAUCCCGUCCAUAUUUUUUGUAUAAUGAAUUUUUGAGUCUAUUUUCAAAACAAUAACACAACACACAACGCAACACAAUAUUAUAAUGCUUAUAAAUAAUUUUUUCGGAUUUGUACGUACGGGGGAAGUUAUUGGAGAGGACUUCAACAUCAACUAUAACAAAGUCAUUUUUAGAACGACUUUUUUACGAAAUAUUUGAUUGCUGGUAAUUAUUAUAAUCAUAUUGUUAAACGUGCCAAUUGAAGGGU